AUGGCCCCUCGCGUGGUGCUGACCGACGAAGUCCGGGAUGCUCUGGCAUCCGGCGCGCCCGUGGUGGCCCUUGACUCGACGAUGAUCACGCACGUCUUGCCCUACCCGCAGAACCUCGCCACGGCGCUUCAGGUCGAAGAGGUCGUCCGCAGCCACGGCGCCGUGCCGGCGACGGUGGCGAUCGUCGGCGGGCAGCCGCGGGCGGGAUUGACACAAGUCGAACUGGAGGCGCUGGCGGCGAAGGGGCAAUCCGUGAGGAAGACGUCCCUGAGGGAUUUGCCCGCGGCGAUGGCCAAGGGCAGCGACGGGGCGACCACGGUGGCGGCCACGGCGUUCCUAGCGGCCACUGCGGGGAUACGUGUGUUCGUGACAGGCGGCAUAGGCGGCGUGGGCCGGGGGGGCGAGGCGUCAAUGGACGUGUCGGCAGACGUCAAUGUGGUGGGCCGGGUGCCAGUACUGGUGGUAUGCGCGGGCGCACAGUCCAUCCUGGACAUCCCGAGGACCCUGGAGUAUCUUGAGACACAAGGCAUUUGUGUGGCGGCCUAUGGGUCAGACGACUUUCCUGCCUUUUUCACUCCCAGCAGUGGCUGCAGGGCGCCAGCGAGGGUGGACACGCCUGAGGAGGCAGCUGCCCUAAUGCACGCUUCUCUGCGUCUGGGCCUUGGGAGUGGCGUCGUGCUUGGUGUGCCAAUUCCAGAGGAGGGCGCCUCGGCAGGGGAGUGCGUCGAACAGGUCGUCCGGGAGGCCCUGCAGCAAUGCGAGGAGAAGAACGUCGAACGGUGCAAGGUGACGCCCUUUCUGCUCGAGCAGAUUCGCGAACGGAGUGAGGGCGACGCCCUGGAUGCCAAUGUCGCCGUCAUCAACAACAACGCUGCGAUUGGUGCCCAGGUGGCCGCGUGCCUCUCCAAAUUGUUGCAGGGUGGGGAAAAUUAG